CCUCUGUCAUGGCAGUGGAGGAAAUCAACGGCGAUCCCAGCAUCCUGCCAAACCACGUGCUGCAUCUGACGGUGCAAAACUACUCCGUCGCCUCGCUCGCGAGCCAGCUCACAGCAUUCAAACUGCUCGAGAACCAUCCGUUGGCUGUGAUUGGCCCGCACACGUCUGACCAGGCCGCCCGAUUCAGCCCUCUUGCAGCCGCAACCCAGGUGCCGUUCAUAUCAGCGUCAGCAACGGACGUGCAGCUCACGCAGGGCGCCAGCCGGCCCUUCUUCAUGCGUGCUGUGGCCAGCGAUGGCGUGCAGAUGGCUGCCAUGGCAGAGCUGAUCCGGCGCUACAAGUGGCAGCAAGUGGCGCUCAUCUACAGCGACGACCGCUUCGGCCGCAACGGGGUGACUGCGCUCGCCUUGCAGCUGCUCUCCAUCCAUGCAGAGGCGGAUGUGGCAGCACGAGUGGCCAUCCCGCUGUCAGCCACAGACAAGGCCAUUCACCAGCACAUGUCCACCUUGAAGUCGCUAGACGUGGCCGUCUAUGUGCUUCACACCUCCCCGAUCAUAGUCUCUGCCGUCGUUGCAGCAGCCAACAAGCUGCAUCUAUUUGCGCGGAACAGCGUGUGGAUCUCGUCUGAGGCCGCGGCUGUCAUCAGUGCCACAUCGACCCAGCAAGUGGAUGGACUCAUCAUCACAGCCACCCACGUGCCCCCCUCCUCACGCCUCUCAGCGUUUUUCGGUCGCUGGAAGCUCCUCAACGCGUCGCAGUACCUGGGACUCACCAAGGGGAGCCCAUCACCAUACGCGCUCCCGUCAUACGAUGCUGUGACCCUCGUGGCACGUGCGCUGCACUCUCUGCUCUACCCCUCCGCUCCUGCAUCUAACUCCUCGUCUCCCAACAAGCCCUCGCAAGCGCAGCAGCAGAAAUUGGGUCAGCAGCAAGUGGGGCAGCAACAAGAGGGGCAGCAUAAAAAAAUGGGGCAACAGAGGAGAUCGCAGCAGCAGAAAGCAGGGCAGCAGCAGCAACAAGAGGGGUGGGCGCAGGCAUUCCAGCAGCUGGAGCUACCGGUGCUGCCUCUGCUCUCCAAUGGCACCCAGGAUAUGCUCGCCCCACCACUCACCCGCCUUCAGCAAAGUGCAAUGGGAUCGGCACUGCGAAAGGCUCUUCUCAAGACCAGCUUCGACGGGCUGCAGGGCAGAAUCGCGCUAACCCCACACGGCGACCUGGCAGCAAACGAGAUUCGCAUUCUCAACAUCCAGAAAGGGGCCCCCGUGGAAGUGGCCCUCUGGUCCUCCUCCCUCGGCCUCGUCCCCUCCUCCUCCACCCCACCUUCCUCUGCUUCCCCUGCUUCUACCCCAGGGCCUGCUGCAGCAGGCCCCAGCGCCCUGGCUCUGAAUGCUCUUCCCAUCAUCUUUCCAGGAAGACUCACGCAGGCCCCAACAGGAUCAUUUCCCAAAACCCGACUUCGAAUCGCAGUGCCCAACAAACAGCAAUACAAGGAGUAUGUGAACGUGUCAGACGCCUUGGGGGAGGGCAACAGCCGCUUCUCAGGCUACUGCGUGGAGGUGUUCCGUCUAGCAGUUACGCGGUUACCCUACAAGCUGGACUACGAGUUUGUGACAUACGGCGACAAGGCGCCCAGCUACACACAGAUGGUGCUGGCUGUGGCCAACAAGACGUACGAUGCAGCAGUGGGGGACAUCACAGUGCUGGACUCGCGGAGCAAAUUCGUCUUCUUCACCUACCCCAUCCAGCAAUCGGGGUUGAGCGUGAUGGGCUACUCGCGGCCAUACAGCAAUCCAUGGAUGGUCUUCUCCCCGUUCACAGCCUCCAUGUGGGCCGUCACUGCAGCCAUCUGCCUCACCACAGGGCUGCUAGCCGUGAUGCUGGAUAGGAAAAGGACGCCUGACUUCCAGGGCACGUUGCAGAAGCGCCUCAUCACAGCCGUGUGGUAUGGCUGCCACACGUUCUACUCCAUUCCAGUGUUCCGCAUCCACACGACGCUAGCAAGGGCGGUUGUAUGUAUCUGGCUGCUACUAGCGUGGAUUAUAGCCAACUCAUACGUGGCCAAUCUCACCUCCAUCCUCACCAUGCAGAAGCUAAUUCCCCAAAUCCUGGACAUCUAUUCCGCCCUCACCAGCAACUCACCCAUUGGGUACCAGCAAGGCUCCUUUGUGCACUCGUACCUGCUGCAACUAGGCGUUGCAUCUGACAAGCUGGUGUCGCUGGCAGGGGAGAGUGAGUACGCAUCAUCCCUCUCCUCGGGGCAGGUGACGGUGAUAGUGGAUGAGGACCCCUACCUCGACCUCUUCUCGGCGUCCUUCUGUGAUGCCGUCCAGGCGUCACAGCCCUUCUCCAUCCUCAACCUCGCCUUUGCAUUCCCCAAGGAGUCACAGGUUGGGGCAGACAUAUCUCAGGCCAUCCUCGAGCUCACGAUGCAGGGGGAGCUGGAGCGCCUCAAACAGCAGUACUUGCAGAAGGACAACAUGUGUGUGGAUGAUCAGACGGCCUCAGCAGUGCUAACGGAGGUCAACGUGCAAAAGUUCUCAGCGCUGCUCAUCCUCUACCUCGUUGUCUCGCUGCUCUGCUGCAUCGCCUAUGUGGGUCUCCUCAUCUACCGCGGUUACCGCUACCACCACCGGUACGACCUGGUUAAAGCAGUGUGGUUAAAGUUGCACUACUGUAUAAUCUCUUUAUUUAUGUUCACCCAGUAA